AUGGAGAAAAGAAUACAUAUUGCAGUUGUUGCAGGUGUUGGAUAUAGCCAUUUGGUACCAAUUCUCCAAUUCUCCAAACUACUUGUUCACCUUCAUCCGUACUUUCAUGUCACAUGUUUCAUUCCUACACUUGGUUCUCCACCAACUGCCUCUAAAACAAUCCUUCAAACUCUUCCACCAUCCAUCAACUGCACUUUUCUUCCAUCAGUGGAUCCCAAGGAUCUAUCACUCCCACAAGGUUCUGCUUUAGCAUUGCAACUUCAGCUCACAGUGAAUCACUCAUUGCAAUCUAUACACCAGGCUUUGAAAUCAUUAACUUUAACGACACGCUUUGUUGCUUUGGUGGUUGAUUCAUUCGCCGCCGAAGCACUAGAUUUGGCAAAGGAAUUCAACAUGUUGUCCUAUGUUUACUUUCCUUCUGGAGUCACCGCUUUGUCCUCGUACUUGUAUUGUCUCAAAUUGGAUAAGGAAACAUCAUGUGAGUACAGAGAUCUGCCAGAUGCUAUUCAAAUACCAGGCUGUGUACCAAUUCACGGUGGGGAUCUAGUUGAUCAAGCUCAAGAUAGAUCAAGUCAAUCUUACAAAUUCUUUCUCCAACGCGUUGAAAGAUUCCGUCUUUUUGAUGGUGUUAUUGUUAAUAGCUUCCUGGAAAUUGAAAAAGGUGCUAUAGAAGCAAUGACAGAAGAAGGAAGUGAAAACCCUCCUUUGUAUGCUGUUGGACCCAUUAUCCAAAUGCAAACAAAGUAUGGUGAUGAUGCUGAUAGAUUGGAAUGUCUGUCAUGGUUGAAUAAACAUCAACCUCGUUCAGUUUUAUAUGUUUCUUUUGGGAGUGGUGGCACACUUUCACAAGAACAAAUUUAUGAAUUGGCUUUGGGUUUGGAAUUGAGUGAUCACAAGUUCUUAUGGGUGUUAAGAGCGCCGAGUAGUUCGGCAAAUUCUGCAUAUCUUUCACAAAAUGAUGUUGAUCCUUUGCAGUUCUUGCCAUCUGGGUUUUUGGAGAGGACUAAGGAAAAAGGUUUGGUCAUUCCAUCAUGGGCGCCCCAGAUUCAAAUCCUUAGUCACAGUUCAAUUAGUGGGUUCUUGACUCACUGCGGUUGGAAUUCGACUCUUGAGAGUGUGGUGCACGGUGUGCCACUAAUCACAUGGCCUCUUUUUGCUGAGCAGAGAACGAAUGCGGUUUUUCUGAGUGAAGGCCUGAAAGUGGGAUUGAGGCCAAGACUUAAUGAGAAUGGUAUUGUGGAUAAAGAUCAAAUUGCUAUGUUGAUCAAGUGUCUCAUGGAAGGGGAAGAAGGCGGGGAAAUGCGCAAUAGAGUGAAAGAAUUGAAAGAAGCUGCUAAUAGUGCACUUAAAGAAGAUGGGUCUUCUACAAAGACUCUUUCUCAAUUAGCACUCAAGUGGAGAAAUUUGGUAUAG